AUUUGUGAUUGGGCUGUGAAAUGCGUCCACAGAAGUGGACUGGGCGUACAUUUAGGCGCGUACACUCGAGCUUGUCCAAUCGGCAAGUCUUUUUCCUGAGCUUCUUCUUCAUAUCAACUUUAUUAUUAGUCCAAAGUUGAGAGUCGUCUUGUCCGAAGCCGCCAUGUCUCACAAUGUUAUCACCGCCAGCUCCACCACGACUUCCGCCUCUGACGGCGUCGUCAACCUGGGCUACAGCAGGACCAUCCCGGGUCUGCUCAAACUGGCCCAGAUGGUGGCGCUGCUCAUCACCUUCCUGUGCGUCCACUGUGUGCGAGGGUGGCCCAACUGGGCGGCCUUCCAAUUCCUUCAUGUGGUCUCUGCGUGGUUCCUGGUGGUCCUGCUGGUCUUCUUCCUCAUGCACCUUUUCCGACUGCAGGCCAAGAUGCCGUGCAUCAACUGGCCUCUCACAGAAUUCUUCCACUACGCCAUAGGGACUGUCCUCAUCUUCAUUGCCUCCAUCGUGGCCGCAGUGCUGGCCGGAGGAGUAUCAGCUCUGGUGGUGGCAUCGGUGUUUGGCUUCAUCACAACCUUCCUGAUGGUCGUCAGCUUGUUGACGUCUUACAGCGUGUCCUGUGGCCCCCAGCAGACUGGUGCGGCUAUGUAAUGGCUCAUGGUCAUUUGGGAAGAGGAUGGCUUCAACUGCCCCUGGCUCACAUUUCUGCCUCGCAACACGCUAACAGCUGAAUACAUUUGGCUGACAAUUGGGGUUGCAGGUAUGAGGAGGUGAUCCAGGAGCAGCGUCGUUUAAGAAAAAAAAGAUUGCGAAAUGUUGGCGUUGCGUCACAGAGUCACGUUCACGUCUUUGCUAAAAACAAUGCCUACUUCCAUCUUUGCCUUUGCUUACAAGCCUUCUACUUGACUUGAUGUUGACAGAAGAGCUCCCCGCCCUGUUUGUGCCAUUACAACUUCGCCAAUAUUGCUAACUUUCACUUCUACCUGCUGGUGCUCACUUCUUGCUGCAGAUUCUCUUCCUGCUUGCACACACUUUAGACUAUUUCCGUGUAGGACAAAGUCAUGCACCACACACAUGCAUGUCUCUAGCAUGCUGCUAUGUUGGAGGAAGUGUUAGCGUGCUAACAUAGCAAACAGAUGCACUUAGAAACAUCCAGUCUUCUUCUUUAAGUUAUAUUUUGUGUCAUAUUUUAUAUUGUAUUUCUAUUUAAGAUUGUAAAUGCCUGGUCAGAAAAUGAACAACUGUUGACUCUCGAAUGAGCAACAUCUGUAAUCUGUGCCAAUCAAUCUGUCCCCGACGGGUCACAUGCACACGCAGCCUGUUGUCAUGGCAACACACGGGCCGGCGUGCACGGUGCUAGUCCUACCACCAUUUCAACUUUACCACCGAGAUGUUUACACAAGAGCACAUUUAUGCUCAUUCAGCAACAACUCCAUUCAACAUCCGAGCAUGAAAGCACACAAUCAAGCAGACUGUUAGCAAAUUGUUAGAAUUCACCGACAACUUCUACAUUAUUAUGUAUAAUUUCUAUUUGUACACAACAUGCUAAUGCUAACCUGCUGUGCUGUGUCUCACUUGGUGUACUUGCGUAUUUAAACCAGUCUUUUGGGUGCAUAAGAGCUUUUAAACUGAGAAGUACGGCAAAAUACAGUGCACUGUCAGGACCUGGAUGUCACACUCAAAAUUGUGAGUGUGCACUGAUGGACCACUCAGGUACAAAGGACUGGGCCAGCUCUCUGUAUUUCGGGUAUUGGAGCCUGCAGGCUGGUCCCUGUAGGCCACUCAAAGCAGGUGUUGAGAUCAGCCUCCUCUGGAUGUCAGCAGGGUGUCAAACGCCUCCCACGCCUGUUAAUGGCAGCUUUCCUCUUAGCGAUCUGGGUACUUGGUAGUCACCAGGGGUGUAGGGUAAUGACUUGGAACACAUGUAGGAACCAUUGAGAGUGUGUCCAUGGAUCUGAAGAACCAUUAAAAGUUAUUGUUGCGCACAGGAACGACUUCACUUUUUAUAGUCAUCAAGAACUUACCAACAUUUUUGAUUGUCAACUACUGUGCUUUAGAAUUGCUAAGUUUUAUUUCGGGAAUCAGAAAGGACAGUGUAAAAAUACGACACCACACUCAGCAAAAAGAGAUUGUAUGUGGGUAAAUGUUAAAAAGCACAAACAUUUUGACUAAAACAAAGGUGCUUAUGGUGACUCGAGGGAAGAAAUAGUCCACCAAGAGUUUGAAUAUCGUCGGAAAAGGCGGCGAUGUUGAUUUUGGGGAUGAUUGGCUGGGAUUCCGCUCUCCGGGAUUCUGGGAGGCAGUUGGAGUGAGGAGGCAGCUUCAUCCGAUGCGAUUGAGCAACAGCACUUGGUAGCACAAAGCGCUGUUUUUGCCGUUCCUUGACCUCAAAACCCGAUGCAGUCAUUUCCUGUAAGUGUACAAUGACGGUAAUGGAUUUGGGACAGCACUGCGCCGUCAAAACAUACACGCUACUGUAUGUACACAGGCUGGGUCUCAAUGUCAGAGCACUUCAAUAAGUAUACUGUCCUGCCUACACUGUGUACUUGGAUCACACUCAUCAUUUUGAGUGCAACAGCCGGGUACUGACAGUGUGCUGGAUUUUGGUCUGACUUAAGCACUCAAAAGGCUAAGUGUGCUUCUCAGUGUCAAUGUACUUAAGCACUCAAAACACUGAGUGUGCCUCUCAGUGUCAAUGUACUUAAGCACUGAAAAGACUAAGUGUGCUUCUAAGUGUGUAGGUACUUACACACUCAAAAGGCUAAGUGUGUUUCUCGGUGUGAAUGUACUUAACCCGUAGAUGCAUAAGUGGGUCAAAAAUGACCCGGUCAGGUUGUUUUCUUGAAAUAUCUUCGUAAUGAAAAUUUAUCAUUUCAUAUUCCAGGUAUUCCUCAAAAAACAUGUUUUUGAUAUCAUGCCAUUCACAUUUUUUAAUAAUAAUAAUAAUAAUAAUAAUACAUUUUAUUUCAAAGCGCCUUUCAGAACAGGUCGCUGUACAGAAGAUAUAAAAACACCAAUAUAAAAUACAAGAUAAAAGAGAACAAACAAUGAAUAAGAACAUACAAUAAAUAAGGGGGGGGGGGGACCAUGUGAUGCAGUUAGAGGGAGUAAGCUUGUUUGAACAGAUGAGUUUUAAGUUUGGAUUUGAAGAUGGGAAGGGUGGCAGAGUUACGAAGGUCAGGUGGCAAUGAGUUCCAGAGUUUGGGAGCAGAGUGGCUGAAAGCUCUGCUCCCCAUAGUGCUAAGGCGUGCAGAGGGUACAGUGAGACUAACUUACCUUUUAUACAUUUUAAGAAAUUUUUGUUUUUGUGUUACUAUCCCAACCUUCCAUAAGUGGGUCAAAAAUGACCUGCAUGCAUUUUCUAUGGAAUCCAAUAGGAACCUUUGAUUCUUAUCAACUUUGGCUGUCAGGAAUAAAUUAACUGUAGACCACACAGACUAUAUUAGAAGUGUCACCCGUCAGGAAUAUUAUUUUACACAUAAAGUGCUAAUACAACAAGUAUUAUCUUCAUAUAAUAUUGUGUAUGUGUCUUUCAUGACUGUUAGUAUUAGCAACAAAUUAGCCUACUUUAUAACUAGCUGAUACUAGCUGGCUAACAUUACUAUAUGUAUUGUUGGGUAUUACUCUUUUGUUUCCUCAUCCAUGCCUUGGCUGCUAGAUACACAGCUGAAAUGGUCCUACAGAUGCUGGAUGAUGGAGAGGCAGUAACGGGGUUGGACUAUGAGUAAGAAAUGUCUGAUGACCCAGACUUUUGUCCAGGUCGCAAGCCAAGUAUGGCCUAAAGAUGCACGCAUCCCCUAUGCAAUAGAUGGUAUAGUUUCCACUGGGAGACAACCAUGGGGAGCAGUUCAGAAUAAUUUGGGGAAAACAUUGUCCAGCAGUUGUGUAGUAAAGAGAAACAGCUGUCAGAUGUGGCCAAAUAACAAAGAUCACAAAGUCAGCCAUAGGUGUGGGAAAUGCAAUAUACCUGUGUGCAAUGAUCACAGACAGAAACGGGUAGUUUGUCUGAACUGCAUGCAGAGAUGAGACAAGUGGAAACACACAAUGGAUUCUCACAUUUUCUAUUGUUGUACGGGGUCAUUUUCUUUUUCAAAGAUGUAAAAAAGUGAAAAAUUAAGAUGUUUCUAACAUGAAAUCAUUCUUGCGUGGUCCUAAAUAUAAUACUAAAUAUCAUACAAGUGGUUAUUCCUAACCAAAAUUGGCAUAAAAACGCAUUGACUCUAGUAUGGGUCAUUUUUGACCCACUUAUGGAAGAGUGUAGGGUCCAGUCACUCGUGCAUCUAAGGGUUAAAUAAAGACUUAAGCACGCAAGUGCACCAAUUGAGACACAGUAGGUCAACUGGUUUGACCGGUGCAUGCUAAAGGCAAACAUGAGCAAUAUGUUAAUUAGACAUGCAAAAGAUGCCUCUACUGGUUUUUGUUGUAAAAUGUGCUGUUGAUUGUAUCAUGAUGACAAUUGUAAGAUGAAGAUGAAUAAGAACACAUCUUCAUCGUUACCUGUAAGAAAGAUCAAACAUUGCCUCUGUGUGAAUUAUGUUCAUCACAUUAAUUGUUUUGUAUUAGGGCUGUGCGGUGGUCUAGUGGUUAGCGUGCAGACCUCACAGCUAGGAGACCAGAGUUCAAUCCCACCCUCUGCGUUUGCAUGUUCUCCCCGUGCAUGCAUGGUUAAUUGGCGACUCCAAAUUGUCCAUAGGUAUGAAUGCGAGUGUGAAUGGUUGUUUGUCUAUAUGUGCCCUGUGAUUGGCUGGCGACCAGUCCAGAGUGUACCCUGCCUCUCGCACGAAGACAGCUGGGAUAGGCUCCAGCACUCCCCGUGAGGAUAAGUGGUAGUCAAUGAAUGAAUGUUUUGUGUUACAAGAGGUCAUCUGACAGACUUGUCUUAGUCCUUCCCCCACAUUUAAGUGCCUUAUGUGCCGCUUUUUUGAGCCAGCUAUCACGUAGCUACAUGCUAACAUGCUGUCUUAUAUUGUUUUAUAUUUUACAUUGGAACCGUGUUAUGUGUUGUCCUUUCAAGCAGCCUAGCACCAAACUCAACACUCAAAAAUGUCAAAAAUAAAAACAAUCUCAAUCACGUGACAAGACAUCCGCAUUAGAUGACGUC